GAAAGGCCGCGGCGGCGGCGGCGGCGGCGGCGGCUAUGGCGGGGCAGCGAGGCGGUGAGCCGACGAAUUGCAUCGCCCGCCUCUCGGAAUGGGCGGACGCGCACCUCACGCUUGUCCGGAAUAUCAGCACUGGAUUGGCAAUAGCUGGAGUGAUUUUACUUGCAAGAAGUGUUAAACUGACAACCAAAUUCACAAAUGCUUUGGAAAUACCACCAGAAUUUAUAAAGAAGAAUGUUAAGCUACGUGGACGAUUACAUCAAAUAACUGAGCAAGGUUUACAAAUUGAACAUGUUCCCAUUACACUUCCAAUCAUUUCAUCUUUUCAGAGGAGAUGGCAUUCAGAUGGGCUGUUGCUGAUCAGGCUUGCUGGUGUGGCCCCAACCCCCAGUGGCAUAGACUGGUUAAAAGAAGAGCUAAAGCCUGCGCAAAUGGUAUGGUUCCAGCUUCUGGGAAGGAAGAAUUUGGAGCUUGAUUGCCUAGUGGUAGUAAAAAAGGGUAGAUUUUCUAGUGUCUGUUUAAAUGAAGAAAUAUUAAGAAAUGGGCUUGGCAGGACAGUUCCUAUUGAAGGACUCACUCAUGAAUCCCAGAUAUUCUGGAAGCUUCACAGGAGGCUACUUCAGGCCGAACUGAAAGCGGUGAAGAAAAGCAAAGGAAUCUGGAAAGAAGAAACAUUCAUUGAGAAGUUUAAAGAACGUAUAAGCAAUAAUAAAUAUAUGCAGAAGUUAAAACAAGUUGCAACUUGGCUAAAAAAAUGACUUUGAAAGGAAGGAAGAGGGGAAAACCCAGCCCAAGGACUCACACCAGAUGGACAAGAAUAGAACACUGCAUUUUCUUUCUGCCAGAAUAUUUCUUCUGUUGGUGGUUCCUGAGAAAAGGACAGAACAUUAAAACAUCCCAGAAAAUAUUGACUGGGGAGAUAAGUGCAUAUGGCAUAUUGAAAUAUUGUUAUAACUUGAAUAUAGGCUUUUUUUAAUGAAGAGGAUAAUCUAGGCCACAUAACUGUAUCCAGCAGGAGGAGAAAACUUAAGGCACUGGGCAGAGGGAAAGGCAAAAGCGCUGGUAAUACAUUGCUCAGAGCAGCUGUGGGCUGCUGAGGUACAGGAACCAGUUCUGGGCAAAUUGUGAAGCACCUGGUUUAGAGAGUUGAGCUGGAGAGGGUAGAGAAUCUGCUCCCUAACACUGUAGGCAGAGCUUAUACUCUGGGCAUAUAAGCAUGCAGCAGCCAGAGUUCUUAGCCAGUGCUCAGUUUUGACUGGAUCUUUCUGGGACAAUGCAGUAACAUACAUAUGCUGCCACCUGUUGCAGAAUUGAGCUCAGAUUGCUAAGCUUUCCUGGGUAAUGUAUAGUGUGCAGCACCAGUGUGGACAUAACAGUCUUAUCAUAAUAUGCUGUUGUGUUCCUUGAGACUGGCUGGCUGAAAUUCAAGGCUGCCACCAAAUGAAUGUGUUGUGUGAAUUCAUCUUACAGACAUUGUGGGCUUUGUAUUCUUUGUCCUAGAAAUAGUACAUUUUUGUCCAGUGAACCGUAUACAAAACAUGGAAAUGUCAAAGCACCAGACCUGCCCUUCUCACUUCCUAGUCCCUGGGAUUAUAUCACUGGAAGUGAUGCCAACCCAUGUGGGUAUGAUAAGUCAUGCAAAUCAUUCAUGCUUCCAUAAAUUGGCCUCUUUCGUUCUCCAGGGACUAUGAGUUCAAGUGCAAAUGGAUCUACUUAUGUUGUUUAGAGACUGCUUUCUAAGGUUGCGGUCGUGACAACACAACUUUACUCCAAAGUAAGUUCCACUGAAUUCAGUGAAGCUGAUGUCCAGCUUAAUACGUAGGACUGGAGCCUAAGGACACUGACUUAAAAGCAGGACUUGCAUGCAAGGCAGUAUGCUGGACUGGGAUGUAAGUUUUUUGCUGUGUGAUCUUCAUUGUGUGCGCCUGCCAAGAAUAAUUGACCUGAUCAUAAGACCUGAGCACAUGACUGCAUUUACUUUGGUGGAACAUUAUGUAUUGCUGUUUGUUCUCAACCAUAUCUUUAUAUACUUGACUGCAAUUUGGCAACCCAAUGAUAUAAUAAUCUUGCCAACAUAUCUAGAAGGGUAGCAAGUGAGACAGAGAACAUAAUUCCUGCUAUUCUGUUUUGUCUUUGCAAAUCAAUUUAAUAGCAAAGGGAUAUGCUUCCAAAAUAAGAGCUUAUUUAUUUAUUAGUUUUCCAAUCAAUAGCUUGCACAGUAAAGGGGCAUUUUUCUCUUGCAAUCUACUAAUGUCCUGUGAGACUUGAUUAUGUUGUUGUUCUAAUGCGAACUGCAACUAAUAGGUGUGUGCAUAGAACCCCCAUUGCUGCCUCUGUGCAUGCACAAAGUAUGUGAUGGCAAACUGUGGAUGAGCUCUCCUUUUGCAUCUGCAUCUCAGGAGUGUGGCUUAACUUUGUUGAGGGAAUAAAUUAGACGUUAGUGUCUCAUGUUGUCUAAUCCUGUAAUUAUUGCGUAUAACUCCUAAUAAUUAGGCUUAUAUGCAUGGGUGUAUUGACAGAAUAGUGCAGAAGAGGGUGAAACAUUGAGCUAGAUUCCUUGUUGUAACAGGCAAGAGGGGCCUGGGUAAGGAGAGUUGUUAAUGGCACAGAACAUUUGCAGUGCCCUCUUUGCUAACUCCUGGCUCUGCCAAAAUGCCUGUUUAGUUAAAAAAAAAAAAAGACAAAAGGAAGGCUCAUAAACAGGCAGCUGCUCCUCCCCCAUCCAAGCCUCUCACCAAGGACAGAGCUGAGCUUCUUGUGCAGUUACAAAGGAGAUUGCUACCUGGUUAAUAUGGAAGAAGGUAUGCACAGAGUGUAACAGUCUCACUCCUCUGCUGUGUCACUCUGGACCCAGAUGCAGAAUCGGUCCAUUAUUUGAGGCUGGGCUUCCUAAUCCAGCAAGAGGAAAUUUUUCCAUGGGAGGAUUUUUCCCUUCUGAUGUUGUAAAUGGCUGCUCCUGGGGCAGUGGGAGGCAGGCAGGAUGAACCCCCAUACCCACUCCUAGAGCGAGUGCAUGCGGUGCUUCUUACCAAACAAUGAUCACAGAUCAACAGUGGGGAAAGUGGGAGGCGGGGAAGAGAAGGAGCCAGGCUUCCCUUUGCUUCUCUGCCUGUUCCCAGAUGGCAAUUGGAAUCAAUGGUGCCAUUUGAGAUCACACAUUGCAUUCCUGGACCAAAGCCAAGGUUUAUGGUGUAUGUUAUUUAUGUCAGAAAUAAUGCCAUUCUCUUUUCUGUUUUUUCUUCCUCACAGUAAAGUAAGAUUAUGCUUUAUAA